GCCCCGCCUGGGCCAGCGCCGGCGCAUGCAGAGGAUGGAAGCACUCGCCGGCAAUGUCUCUGGGCCGCCUCCUUCGCCGGGCCUCCUCCAGAGCCUCGGACCUCCUGACCCUCACCCCCGGUGGCGGUGGUGGGGCCUGCUCCAUCCUGGACGGAGAAAUCAUCUACUCCAAGAAUAAUGUGUGUGUGCACCCGCCAGAGGGGCUGCAGGGCCUGGGGGAGCACCAUCCAGGCUACCUGUGCUUGUACAUGGAGAAGGAUGAGCUGCUGGGGGCCACCGUCAUCCUGGCCUGGGUCCCCAACGCCCGGAUCCAGAGACAGGACGAGGAGGCCCUGCGCUAUGUCACCCCUGAGAGCUCUCCGGUCCGCGAGGUGCCCCGUCCUCGGGGCCGCCGGGCUCAGAGCUUGGGGGCCCCCCGCCUGCCCUCCCCCACGGAGCCGAAGCCCACCCUGACCCCCGGAGACAGCGACGUCCUGGUGGUGGCCCAGAGCGUCCAGGGUGCCGUGCGUGUCGGCCCUUCGCCAGAGGAAGGGGAGAAGCUGGCCCUGGCCCUUGGCCCGGGCCUGGACAGCACCCUCACGGCCUCGCCGUCCACCCACAGCUGCUCCAGGGCUUUGUCCGUGGCCGGCCCAUCUGGUGGGGCAGAGGAAGGCCGGGAGCUGCAGCCUGAGGCCGGGGAGGAGGAGGGCUCCUUGGCACUGUCGGCCGAUGGCGUGAGCAGGGACAGCUCCUUUGACUCAGACUCCGACGCCUUCUCCUCACCCUUCUGCCUCUCGCCCAUCAGCGCCGCCCUGGCAGGCAGCAGUGGCUCCGUGUUUCUGGAAAGUGACAGCAGCUCCCCCUCCGGCUCGGACGCCAACCUGCGGUUCCCGGACAGCAGCAGCCCCAUGCCCGCACCGCGCUGGGAUGAGCCACAGCGCGCCUGCGCCCUGGAGCAGAUCUGCGGUGUGUUCCGCGUGGACCUGGGCCAUAUGCGCUCCCUGCGCCUUUUCUUCAGUGACGAGGCCUGCACCAGCGGCCAGCUGGUGGUCGCCAGCCGGGAGAGCCAGUACAAGGUCUUCCACUUCCACCACGGUGGCCUGGACAAGCUGGUGGACGUGUUUCAGCAGUGGAAGUACUGUGCCGGGACACCCCUCAAAGACCAGAUGUCAGCUGCAGUUUUGCCCUGGACCCGUGACUGCUUGCGGAGACAAUCUGACAGGCUGGCUCCCCGCGCGCAGAACAGCGCUCCCUUUGUGGCCCCUGAGAGGACCUGCAUGCAGUUCUCCAUCCGCCGUCCCAAAUUGCCGUCCUCCGAGACCCACCCCGAGGAGCGCCUGUACCGGCGGCUGGACGCGUCGGCCUGGCUCGGCCACCUGAACGAGCUGGGCCAGGUCGGGGAGGAGCACAAGCUGCGGAAGGCCAUUUUCUUUGGCGGCAUUGAUGUGUCGAUCCGGGGGGAGGUCUGGCCCUUCCUGCUGCGCUACUACAGCCAUGAGUCCACGUCGGAGCAGCGGGAGGCGCUGCGGGUUCAGAAGCGGAAGGAGUACGCGGCCAUCCAGCAGAGAAGGCUCUCCAUGACCCCCGAGGAGCACCAAGCCUUCUGGCGCAACGUGCAGUUCACCGUGGACAAAGACGUGGUCCGGACAGAUCGGAACAACCAGUUCUUCCGCGGGGAGGGCAACCCAAACGUGGAGAGCAUGAGGAGGAUCCUGCUCAACUAUGCCGUGUACAACCCGGCCAUCGGCUACUCCCAGGGCAUGUCGGACCUGGUGGCGCCCAUCCUGGCCGAAGUCCUGGACGAGUCAGACACCUUCUGGUGCUUUGUGGGCCUGAUGCAGAACACGAUCUUUGUCAGCUCUCCCCGGGACGAGGACAUGGAGAGGCAACUGCUGUACCUGCGGGAGUUGCUGCGGCUCACGCACCUGCGCUUCUACCAGCACCUGGUGGCGUUGGGCGAGGACGGCCUGCAGAUGCUCUUCUGCCACCGCUGGCUGCUGCUGUGCUUCAAGCGGGAGUUCCCUGAGGCCGAGGCUCUGCGGAUCUGGGAGGCCUGCUGGGCCCACUACCAGACGGACUACUUCCACCUUUUCAUCUGCGUGGCCAUCGUGGCCAUCUACGGGGACGACGUCAUCGAGCAGCAGCUGGCCACUGACCAGAUGCUCCUGCACUUCGGGAACCUGGCCAUGCACAUGAGCGGGGAACUGGUGCUCAGGAAGGCGAGGAGCCUCCUGUACCAGUUCCGCCUCUUGCCCCGGAUCCCCUGCAGCCUGCACGACCUGUGCAAGCUCUGCGGCUCAGGCGUGUGGGACAGUGGCUACCUGCCCGCCGUGGAGUGUACGGGUCACCACCCGGGGUCGGAGAGCUGUCCCUACGGGGGCACGGUGGACAUGCCAUCACCCAAGCCCCAGAGUGGGGGCAAGAAGGGCCCGAAGUCGCCUCGGGAAGGCUUCGGCUUCCGCAGAUAGGUCGGGCACCCUGUGCUGGGCGUCCUGGGGCUCUCCCCACAGUCCUGGGCACGUGGGGGCGUGGAGGGCCUGGGAGUAGAAGCCAGAGAGACAUGCCUUUGGGCAGUGUGAGCAGGACGUCACAGCGACAGAAUUGGAGUCCAGAGGUGACAGACGUGAAACUCACCAGCCACCUGAGGAAGGCCAGUUCCCGAAAGGCCGAAGCCAGGGUCCGGCCACCGCGCCUGAGACGCAAGCUGGCUGGGCCCCGGGCUGGCUGCCUGAGGAUUUCGGCGCGCCCCGGAUCUCCUCCAGCUUCUUGGCUGAGCGGCACUGCCAGGCAACAGGGAAAGCAGGGACAGCGAGAAGGCCUCCAUCACCCACCAGCGCCGAGGGGUGCAGAACGGGGGCCCCGUCCAGCCCAGGCACAAACAUCCCGACCCGCUUCCUGACCAGGCCGUUUUCACCUAGUGAGCCACAUGCUCCCCACAGCCUCCCCGCCAGAGCUGCGACACGGAGAGACGCCUGCCAAAGCGGCGAACGCAGCCACGCCCCGCUCAUCUCAGGCUGGAGGAGGGAAGGUGGCGGGGGACGGGGAGCCGGAGCUUUGAACGCUGACCAGUCAGAUGUUUUACACUCUUGGUGGUGAAGGCAGUGCUUCUCUACCCAUGAGCCUGAGCCACAGUUUGCCCUUAGCUAGGGGGGUUCGUUUGAUAUAGGGGUCCUUGGCAUUGUUUAAGGUCAGCCCCACAUACAGCAACCAGCUGGGAGCUGAGUGAGCGUGUGUGUGUGCGUGUGCACGCAGGAUCUCCUGAAGAGAAUACGCUGUGUCCCAGGGGAGUGGGGAUAUUAACUGGCCAGCUAAGAUGGAGGCACCUGAAACGGUGACCCAGACUCUUAUGCCUCCGUCGGGCCAUCUGUGAACGCGGGUCACCUUCUCAGGGCUCGGACCAAGGGCAGCGGCAGUGGCACAGCCGGCUCUCAGGGCUCCGUGCUGGGUGUGGAGCAGGUGUUCCCAGCCCGCUCUCCUGGGUUUUGAGAUGGACAGGCCAGAGCACAGGAACUGGGCUGGAGGCACUCCCAGCCUGCUUGAAAAUGCCAGGCCAUGGCAUGGAACGGACUUCCUGGAUGGGGGCAGCAGGGAGAUGGGAACCCCUCCUUGGGAGAGCCUCUGAUGUGCUGAGGGUCCUGGGGACACCAGAGGGCCCCUCCUCCUCUCAGCUCUUCCUACAGAGGGCAGGUGCUGCUGGACAGUGCCCUUGAAAGGACACCUGUCACCUGUUGCUAGACACUUUUGAGUUUCCAAUCCUCUGUCCAGGAGCCUUUCGGGCAGACUGUCCUAGAGCCCCAUCAGUGCCCAUCUCUUGAGACCCUUGGGGUGGCAGGGAGGGACUGGACAUCCAUCCACUUUGCUCUUGUACAAGAGGAUUGCCUUCCUGUGUUGACGCCUGAUCUGCUAGGGAAACGGCCGAGUUAACCAAGAUGGCCUUCUGCUCUGACCCUCCAGAAACCAGGUCCCUGUGAACAUGUGUAUCAGUCAUCCAUUGCCACAGUAAUGCCGUGUAACAAACAGUCCAAGACUCAGUGGCCUAAGACAAUGCUCACUGCUCUAGCACACAGACCUGCGGGCCAGCAGUCCAGGCGGGCAGCUCUUCUGGUCAGUGGGCUUACUCAAUCACUGGGCCAGCCAGCUGUGAGUUCCUGCAGGUGCUCGUCACGCAGAGUAGGGCUUGGUUCCCCCUUGUGU